GGCGUUUUCUUACUGCUUCAGUAUUAUGCAUAUGUAUAACUUCUAUUUCCGAACUAGAUGUGGAAGAAUUACCUGAAUCGUUAUCUGAAGUAUCCAAAUCAGAACAGACCCCUACACACCCUAGCUGUCCUAUCUGUUCUACAAUCAUCGAAGUUAUUAGAGAGGAAGCCACUCUUGCGUCCGACAAAUAUCAGAUGAUGCCAAAGAUUCGUUCCCUUAUCGACUCUGAGAAAAAAGCGUCCCAGCAAAGCAAUGAUACUAUAGAUGAUGAUGAUGUGGAAUUGGAGUAUACGAGGGAACCUGGAGAAAGCACGACAAAUACAGAACGAAAGAAACAGAGCGGGGCACCAGUCGAUGAUGAUAAUUAUGAGCAGACAUCCUCAAAAGACACCGACGAAGGGGAUAUUGUACAAAGUUUGUUGGGGGAGUUGUCCACGCCUAUUAAAGGUGAAACCGUCGAAGCUAUGAUUGAUGAAGACGAAAAUAACAAGAAUUCAGCGCCAAAAAAUCUGGGUGUUUUAUAUCAGAAAGCAUGUCGUGCCGAAAUGCGUGUGAUGAAAGCAAAUCAAGAAGAAGUCGCAUGUUGGUAUUAUUAUGGGAAAGGAUUUGAGGGAAGAGUUGAGGAUAUAUUAAAAAACGAGAGGGGGGUUAGAGAUCAAUCCGCACGAAAUCGGGUUUAUAACGAAAUAGUGCAACAUAGCCCGGGAUAUUUGAAAGAUAAUUUGCGGAAAAAAACUCACAGGGCCAUAAAGAUAUACAAGUUAUUUCACAUCGGGGGCAAAUAA